UUACAAUGUUGUCCUGGUUUCCUGAUCUGGGCUGGAAACAGUGGCGUUAAGAGAAGUAGUUUCCGCUGGUGUUCGCUCGCAGAGGACAUGGCAACGUACAACCAGUCGAUGACAGGCAGGACCAUGGUGCCGACCAUCCCGUCCAUCAUGUUCAUUUUCGGGGUGGUUGGGAAUGUCAUCGCCAUCGUGGUGCUCUGCAAAUCUCGUAAGGAGCAGAAGGAAAGCACGUUUUACACGCUGGUGUGUGGACUGGCUGUCACGGACCUCCUGGGCACACUCCUGGCCAGCCCGGUCACCAUCGCCACGUACGUGAAAGGAUCGUGGCCGGGGGAGGACCCGCUGUGCCAGUACUUCGGCUUUACCUUGCUUUUCUUCUCCCUGGCAGGGCUCAGUAUCAUCUGUGCCAUGUCCGUGGAGCGAUAUAUCGCCAUUAACCAUGCCUACUUCUACAAUGAUUACGUGGACCAGAAACUGGCGGGUUUGACUCUGCUGGCCAUCUACAUCUCCAACGCGCUGUUCUGCGCCCUGCCGAUUGUCGGCUUUGGACAGGUGAAGAAACAAUACCCGCAAACGUGGUGCUUUCUGGAGUGGAGGAGCAACCAGACCAGCGAUGCCGCCUACUCGUAUAUAUACGCGGGUUUUAGCUCUCUUCUUAUUCUCGCAACUGUCGUGUGCAACGUGCUGGUGUGCGCAGCUCUGAUCCGGAUGCACCGGCGCUUCGUGCGCAGGACGUCGCUGGGCACCGACCUGGGGCGCGACGUGGACCCGCCGAGGAGGGCGCGCAGCUUUGGGCGUCUGGCCGGUGCAGAGAUUCAGAUGGUCAUUCUGCUCAUAUGCACUUCGGCAGUGGUGCUUAUCUGCUCCAUACCACUUGUCGCUCAGGUGUUUCUCAACCAGCUGUACAAGACUCCAGUAGAGCUGAGGCUAGAUAAAAACCCAGAUCUACGAGCGAUCCGCUUCGCCUCAUUCAACCCCAUUCUCGACCCCUGGAUCUACAUUCUGCUCCGCAAGGCCGUCCUCCUGAAGCUCAUUGAGAAAAUCAAGUGCUUAUUUUGCAAGAUGGGAGCGCGGGGGCAGCAGAUGCAGGGCAACUUCCAGUGUGUCGACACUCCUCAGCUCUCCUCGGCCAUCUCCAACCGGGACUCCCACUCCCUUGUUUCCCAUGACCUGCGAGACUUCAGCACCACCUCCCAGAUCUUCCUCUACCUGCCCGAGGGAAGCGAAGUGUACAAAAAAACCUGCCACAAAGCAGGCGGACCCUCCGGUUCACAACCGGCAUCUGCUAGAAACUCGCAAGCUUCGGACUCGCUAGAGCAGGGCGGCGUUGAGGUUCGGUGUGGCGAAGCGACAGCUGCAGUCAGGGGCUGUUCAGCUCUGCCGUGCACCAAAGACCCAUCGCUCCAAGUCUCAUUAAGCACUCAAACGGAGGAGGAGAAAUGCAUCUGACUUGACUCUGGGGGAAAAAAAGCAAGUUCACGGUUUCCUCCGAUGUAGGUUGUCUAGUGAAUGACUUUGCCAAAUGGGGAAGGCUCAUGAAAAUGAUACCUGACUCUCCCUGUGAAGUCUGGCACAUGAAAUGCUGUGAGCACCCUGGUGUUCUCUGUUCCAGCACCCAGCUACCUCAAGCAACGACGCACGUGUCUGUGGGAGCAGAUUUUGUCAUUCCGCGUCAAACAGACGACCCUCUUCUCCGUGACUCAGUGACGGAAAAGCUCCUGAUCUGCAGAAAACCUUGACUAUAUAGUCAUUUAGAAUCAAAGACUCCUACCCUUGUUGGUCCAUGCGGUAAAUGCAAACAGAAUUGAAUGUGAUCCAGUCACUGUAGGGAUGGGCUUUGUUUGCAAGCUCUUUUUGAAGGACUUGUGGUCGUUCCAUGACUAAUGUACAGCGCAGCAUUUGAUGCUCCUCCCUUGAAUACACACAAACGUAUGUGAUCUCAAAUUAUAAGAACUUUCAUUAACACAGAACACAACAGAGCUAUAGAAAAUGGGGUAUAAAUCGUAUCUAAUUGAACCCAAUUCACCGCACCUGUCGGCCUGAGAAGAAGGCCGCUGUGGGCGCUCGUAACAAAAUGAGUCUUCUCUACGAGAAGGUUUGACUCGAUACAUCACAACUAUACAGGGACUAUCCACACCGUAUUUCCUUGAUCAGACCGCAUGCAGGUGAAUCUUCAGCAUUGACAUCUAGAAAAUCACCAUCAGUUUUGAAAUCAGCUUUGCCACUUUCUUCUAUUUGCAGUUAUUAUGUUUUGUUAUUCAGUGAUUUUGAUUGUCAAACCAACAGAACAGGUAUGGGAGGACCAAGGUGUUCCUGUGAUCCAAUUCUGUGGGUUCAGACUGAACCUUUGGACCCCUGUUUGUGUGAGCUUUCUCAAUCUAAUGAUCUGGAUGUCUCAGUUUCAGCAGCUGUGAAGCAGAUGGUGUGCCUCUGUUUGCCGGUCAUUAAAUGGGCUCCAGAUUGUUCCUUCACUUCGCGGAUCACAUUCUUGCCUUUCUUGUUUCUCUUGCUGCUGUUCAUGUUUGAUGACGCGGUUGUUCCUGUGGAGUCUUUACUCCUCGGCACACCUCAAGAUUGUACAGUAUGAUGAUAUUUAGUUAAAGAUAGAGUUUUCAAAAACAAGCGAUUUAUCAAACGCCUUUUAAUUUAUUUUCUAAUCCGGUCUUGAAAUUAUGCACCUUAUUUUGUAUAUAUUUUCAAUUGUAUUGUGGAAUUUAAAUAUCUGUAUAUGCAUAUGUAUAUGGCUGUUGUAUCACUUUUUAUAUCUGUAAAAAUGACUUUGUAUUUGCAAUAGCGUACUGUAGGUAAUAACUGUACAUUUUAUAAUGAAACUGUAAAUAAACAACCACGCAUGCC